AUGAGCAGCGUCCGCACUGAGCUCACAGGGAGCCACUUCCGAGGCCAGGACACCGGCUACGUGCGGAAGGAUGAAAGCUGGCCAGAAGAUUCUGCAGAGUACAAGGCCGGCAAUGAGAUCGAGAACCGGAAGCGACCACCGCCCGAGGAGAUGGCUGGGGAUGCUUUCGAUCGUCAGCGCGUGAUCCCAGGCUUCGACCAAGGUCUCAUCGAACGGCAAGUUUGCCUUGUACUGGGUGCUGGGGGCAUCGGCCAGAACGUGGCCAUGACGCUCGGGCGCCUGGGUGUCCAACGAAUUAUCUUGGUGGACAACGACGUGUACGCAGCCAGUAACCUAACCCGGCAGUGCCUCGGGGGCAAGGAAGACGUGGGAAAGAGGAAAGUGGAUGUGGCAAAAGCGGGCCUCGAAACUCACAACCUGCGUUCCGAGGUGACCGCAGUUCACUGCGACGCGCUGUCGGAGUGGCCCAAGAUCGUCGAACUUGCCCGGCAGAGUACUGUGGUUUUCAACGCCAUCGAUGUCGGGGUCAUGUGGGACUACUGUGUGAACUCCCUGUGCAAGGAGCUAUGCAUCCCGCUCUGCGCUGGCCAGUCCUUCGGGUGGAAGUUCAUGACAGAGCUGUACACUGGCCGGCCACAGGAGGUCUGCGCUUUUUGCUACGACUCCGUGGUCUCGACCUUCGGAGCCGUCAAGAGCGCGGUGGACCGGCCUGGAGGACUCCUCUCCCGCCUCCGUGCCACUGUGGAGGCGGAUGCAGAAGUUGGUGCGGAGGCACUCGAAGCUUUUCUGGCGAGCGAUCGCCAGUUUCGGUGCGCGCGCGGGGCGCAGCUGACUGGGCUCCUUGCGCGCGCGUUGUCCAAGAUGGGCCGGGACUCUUUGCGCCAGGGGUCUUUGGCGAAUGACUUGCUGGACUUCUUGCAAGCCUUCCAGGAAGAGACGGUCUUGCUUUUGAACCCAGGCCGGAUCAGCUCCUUGAAGGACGUGACAUUCAUCCCACGGCCAAAGCACGCAGAGACGCGGUACGUGGGCAGUUGGGUCUGCCCAUGCCUCUCUUGUGCUGUGAUGAUGGUGUCGCAGUGGUCGGCGCUCUUGACAGCUCCCAUGGAGGAGUUUCUUCCCAAGCCACCCAUUCCACAGACAGUGACGUUUAACUUGGACAACGGCAUGACCGGGGAUGAGCAGCUGGGCUAUGAGCUGGGAGCUUUGGGGAUGCCCCUUGACAAGGCUGAGCGGCGCUUCUGCCAGGAAGUGUCCAACGGCAAGUGCAACGUUUGUGCCUCUGCAGCGCUGCUGGCCAUUGAGGAGUCGCUCUUUUCUGGCUGCCUUCCCGUGACCCUGGCACCGGUACCUGGUAUUGUGCAGGAUGCGCCCAGCGAGUGGCUCCCUCUUCCCCCUGCAGGGACGUCUGCGCGGAGCAAAGCUGCAGAGGAUGUGCUUCUGCGGAAGCGGCCAUUAGCAUGUCUGGGUGAGGGCUACAAUGAGGUCGUUGUGCCGGCCAUGCCCGCCUUGGAUUGGAAGGCAGAAGCAUCUGAAGGCUUACGCCGAGACUGGGCCCCAGAAAUCUGCAAUAUGCCGUUGCUGAAGGUCUCUCGCACGGGCGAGGAUGCCAAGGCCCCAAGUGCUGUUCGAGGCGUUGCCUCUGGCAUCAGGUCAGCCCUGGUCAAAGCCCGUGGGCGAUGGUUUCGGCUCAAGGGCUGUGGAAACCGAGACGAAGGUUUCUUGGUCGAGGUGAAAGGGGACAAGGGCGAGCAGACCCUGCGUGGUUGCUGCUUCAAGCACACCGCAGAUACGGAGUUGCGGAUGACGCAGCUGGCUUGCGAGGUACUGGCAGCUGCUUCACUGGAUUGUGCUAAUCAUCCCCUUGGCUGCUACUGCUACACGCCGCAGCCCUCGUGGCCGCUGCAAAAGAUCUCACGAUACUGCGCCGUUUUUGAGACGUGCAGCAACGCGCGGCUGGGUGACCACUUGCUUGGCGGGCUUCUGAAACUGCUACCCCACAUACUGCCUGAUGGUUUCGAGCACUUGACGCAGUGCAUCUUGCGAGGCCGGGGCGAAGAAGAAUCCUCAGAGGUCCUGCAGACCGCGGACCUGGUGUGCUGUGGAAUGGCAACAGCGGACGUGCCCACCCAGCUGCAGCAGGCAAACUCGAGGCUUCGAGAGCGGUCGCCGCCCCCCAGCGCGGAGGUGACCGCAGUGCCUGCAGCUGUAGCUCCCCUGUGGGACAUGGUACGUGAGAGCUUGGCCAAGGGCCUUGCAGCCUUAAGCAGUAAGGAGCCAUCAGUGGUCUUGUGGCUUGUCUGGCGGCUGGGCUGGGAGUGUGGUGCCACACUAAGAGCGCUGCAUGCCGAAGGCAUUUCGUGGGGAACCUAUGCAGACAGCCUUGGCAUACACUGCAACGCUCACAGCAACAACUUUGUGGUGAAGCCUCCCGGGACUGGGCGCGUGGAAACCUUCCUGGCCGCCCUGGACUUCGACAUGGCCUUCACGAGGGACAGCUUUCUCCCGGAGGCGUGUGAGGCUGGAGCCCUGGACCUGGACAGCUUUGAAGGGAUACUGGCCUUCGAGGCGAACAUGGGCCUCAAGACGAUCCUCAGCGGCAGCGACUUCUCGAACACUGGCGUCCAGAACGUGAAAGCACCGGCUUCCCACAAGCUGUUGGAGUUGGCGAUCCGUGACACCAUGGUCACGGCUUGCAGCGAGGCGUUGGCUGGAGGUUGUGAUGCGCAUCCCUACUGCCCCGAGCUGCAAUCAGUGGCCUAUGACAUCAUCAAGCUCGCCCUGUGCCUCACCACGGAUGUGGAGGGAUAG